AUGUCUAAAGAUAUUCAUCCAGUCGAUAAUUACUGCCGAUCAUAUUGGAUGUCUAAUCCUGACAAAUUGGCAAAUUAUCGUUCAACAGUUGAUCUACCUCUUCAUUCUGAUAUUGUCAUUAUUGGAUCUGGAUAUAGUGGAUCAGCAUGUGCCUAUUAUCUUUAUAAAUAUGGACAAUCAAAUAAAAAUCCAUUGAUGAUAACCAUGGUUGAAGCUCGUGAAACGUGCUCAGGAGCAACAGGACGCAAUGGCGGACACUUGAAACCAGACGUAUAUUAUUCUUAUAAACGAUAUUCAGAAAAAUACGGCCGUAAAAUAGCGGAGUCAUUAAUGCAAUUCGAAGCGAAACAUAUUCAGGCAAUGUCAGCGCUGAUAUCGGAAGAAAAUAUUCAAUGCGAUUGGGAAGUAACACGAAGUUGUGAUGCAUAUAUUAAUCUUGAACUAGCUGAAGAAGCUAAAGCUUCGUUUCAACAACGUUGUGCCGAUGGUGCAGAUGUCGAUGAUAUUCACGAAAUACCUUCGGAUGAUCUUCUCGCCAUCACUAAGGUGAAAAAUGUUGUCUACGGUAUAACAUUUACAGCUGCUAGUAUUCAUCCAUAUAAACUGAUUCAUCAUCUUCUUAAUAAGUGCAUUGAACAAGGAAUGAAUUUGCAAACAAACACGUCGGUUCUCAAUGCAACUCGACUUCCAUCUGGUCAAUGGUCGAUUGUGACUUCGCGAGGUACAAUACAUACAUCUAAAGUUAUCUUUGCUACAAAUGCAUACACGGCUGGAAUUCUUCCAUUAUUCAAUAACAAGAUUGUACCAGUUCGUGGCACCAUAUGUCGAAUUCUUCCUUCAUUGAGGUACCAACAAUCGCCUCUGAAAAUGACCUAUUCAAUACGAAUAAAAGAGAGUCAAUUUGAUUACAUGAUAGCUCGUCAAACGGGAGAUCGAUCUAUCAUUCUUGGUGGAGCAAAACCUGCGCAUCACUCAGAAACGAAAAUCUGGUACAAUAAUUGGGAUGAUAGUAUCGAAUUUAUCAAUGAGAAAAGUAAGAAUUAUUUCGAAGAAUUUAUGCCCAAGUAUUUUGAUGGAUGGGGAACCGAUGAUGGUGGAUGCCAAGAAUUUUGGACUGGUAUACUCGGCUUUUCAUCUGAUUUGUUACCAUUCGUAGGAGAAUUACCCGACCAAUCAAAUGGAUAUAUUAUUGCUGGAUUUCUUGGCCAUGGGAUGUCUCGAAUUUUACUUUGUGCUCGCGCGUUGGUUGAUGUCAUACUUGGAAGAAUGAAAAAUAUUGAAGAGCUCAUACCUGAACCAUAUGUGAUAACCAGGAGUCGAUUAGCAACCAAAGAAAAUUGCAUUUUAAAGCAUAUGGGUGUACAUGUAGGACCGAUAGAAACAGAUGAACGUACUGCUUGA